UUCCUCAUCCAAACACUUUCCAAUUUCCAACCUCCUUUCUACAUACAAAAACCACUUAAUUUCUAGUAUACCAACAACCAGGAAACGAAAACAUCGACGGCAGAGAUGAGUUGGACGAACAGAGCGUGGAUCGUCGCUACCAGCGUGGGAGCCGUAGAAGCGCUGAAAGAUCAGGGCUUCUGCAGACGGAACUACGCCUUGAGAUCAUUACAUCAGCAGGCGAAGAAGAACAUCCGAUCGUAUACGCAAGCCCAGAGACUCUCUCCCUCUCUCGAUUCUUCUUCUUCUUCUUCUUCUUCUUCUUCUAAUAUAGCAGCAUUGAAGAGAAGAAGAGAUAGAGAGGAGAAGCAAAAGCAAUCAGAAGAGUCGCUGAGGAAAGUGAUGUAUUUGAGCUGUUGGGGUCCCAACUGAAAUUCCAACAACCCCUACUUUUUCUUUUUCUUUUCUUUAAGGAAGAGAUUUCGGUACGAUUAUCUCCCGAAUGGAUUGUAUAUAUGUAAAUUUUUUAUAUAUCAGGAAUACAUAUUUAAAAUCAUGAUCUGUGUCGA